AUGGCUGACUUGACCGAUCCUGAUGGUGAAAAUGUUCCCACAGAAAAGAAGACUCGUACAGUCCAUCAGCCAUUGCCUACAGUCACGGAUAGCUUUGAGCAGGACUUGGAGCGCGAAGUUGCCUCUGCUGCUGGACUGAUGCCUUCAGCAGAAGGUGCAAACGUCGUUUUAUCCCAUCAGGUUCGCCAUCAAGUAGCUUUACCACCAAACUGGAAUUACGUUCCCAUCUCACAACACAUACCAGAGAACCCUCCUGUUAGAUCAUAUCCUUUCACUCUCGACCCAUUUCAGAAGCUCGCUACCUAUUCGAUUGAACGGGGCGAGUCUGUAUUAGUCUCUGCUCACACCUCGGCUGGUAAAACAGUCGUGGCUGAAUUUGCAAUUGCCACCAGUUUAAGAGGCAAGCAGCGCGUCAUCUACACAAGUCCAAUUAAAGCGCUUAGUAACCAAAAAUACCGAGAGUUAUUAGAAGAGUUUGGUGACGUUGGGUUGAUGACUGGAGAUGUAACCAUCAACCCCAGUGCUUCAUGCUUGGUCAUGACAACAGAGAUUUUGCGAUCGAUGCUUUACCGUGGCUCUGAAGUCAUGCGUGAAGUAGCAUGGGUUAUUUUCGAUGAAAUUCAUUACAUGAGAGACAAGGAGCGUGGUGUUGUAUGGGAAGAAACCAUCAUUCUGUUGCCGCCAAAGUGUCACUAUGUCUUUUUAUCCGCUACUAUCCCUAAUGCCAUGGAAUUUGCAGAGUGGAUCUGCAAUAACAAGGAGCAACCUUGUCACGUCGUCUACACUGAUUUCCGUCCUACACCGCUUCAGCAUUAUCUGUUUCCUCAAGGAGGCGAGGGUAUCCAUUUGGUCGUGGAUGAAAAGGGUAACUUUAGGGAAGACAAUUUUCAGAAGGCGUUGGGUGCCCUGACUGAUUCUCAAGGAUUACAGGCGGAUGAUAUUAGGGGUCGAGGCGGGAAGAAGGAUGCUAGAAAAGUAGGCAAGAAAGGCGCUAACGGUCCUUCAGAUAUUUACAAAAUCAUCAAAAUGAUUUUGGUCAAGAAUUACCAUCCUGUCAUUGUCUUCAGUUUCAGUAAGAGGGAGUGUGAGGCAUUAGCAAUGCAGAUGAGUAAGCUGGACUUUAAUGAUGACAAGGAAAGUGAAAUGGUCAACCAGGUGUUCACAAACGCCAUCAGCUCAUUGUCAGAGGAUGAUCGCUCUUUGCCCCAGAUUGAGCAUAUUCUCCCUUUGCUUCGUCGUGGUAUUGGUAUCCAUCAUGCUGGUCUUUUGCCAAUCUUGAAAGAGGUGAUCGAGAUUCUGUUUCAGGAAGGUCUUGUCAAGGUAUUGUUUGCCACAGAGACGUUCUCCAUUGGUUUGAAUAUGCCAGCCAAGACUGUUGUAUUCACGAGUGUGCGAAAAUGGGAUGGCAAGGAGCAACGUUGGGUCUCUGGGGGAGAAUACAUCCAGAUGUCUGGUCGUGCUGGUCGUCGUGGUCUGGAUGAACGUGGUAUCGUCAUUAUGAUGCUGGACGAGAAGAUGGAGCCCGCUGUGGCCAAGGGAAUGGUCAAAGGAACAACAGACCCGCUGAACUCUGCCUUCCACCUAUCAUACAAUAUGAUUCUCAAUUUGACACGUGUCGAAGGAAUUAGUCCGGAAUAUAUGUUGGAGCGAUGCUUUUAUCAAUUUCAGAACAAUGCCAACAUCCCACAGCUUGAGAGAGAGUUGACGACACUAGAGAGUACUAGAGAUGGUAUGGUUUUCGAGAAUGAGGCUUUGCUUGCUACCUACAAUGAUAUUCGCCAGCAACUUGCAUCGCUCAAGAAAGAUGUAUUGGAUGUUGUCAACCACCCCACACAUGCGCUUCCUUACAUGCAGCCCGGACGCGUUGUCAAAGUCCGCUACGAAGACCAGGAUUUCGGCUGGGGAAUUGUUUCAGGAUACACAAAGAAAAUGCCCUCGGUUGCUCGCGGGGCUUCUGCAUCAGCGAAUCUUGAGCCUACUUUUAUUUUGGACGUUUUGCUGUACUGUGCACCCAAGACGACCAUCAUUCCUGGAUUGGACGGUCUCGCAACAGGAGUUAAGGCUUGUCCACCCGGUGAGAAGGGUGAAUUAAUGGUUGUGCCUAUUCUGUUAUCGUGUCUGGAGGCCAUUGCAACGCCUCGUAUCUUUUUGCUCAAGGAUCUGAGAUCCAGUGAUGCUCGGCAUACAAUCCAUAAAAGCUUGCUUGAACUGCAGAGGCGUUUUCCUGAUGGAAUCCCCCUAUUGGAUCCUAUUGAGAAUAUGAACAUCAAGGAUGAGGCAUUCAAGAAGGUGAUUCGUAAGAUCGAGGUCUUGGAGGCAGCUAUGGCUGCGCAUCCAUUAGUACAGACUAUGGCAAAGGAUGUUCUUUUGGAUACAUACAAGCGUUACCUAGAGAAAGUGGAGACAAACAACAAGAUCAAAUCCAUUAAGAAACAAAUUACGGAGGCUAAUUCGAUUGCACAGUUGGAUGAGCUCAAGUGCCGAAAGCGUGUGCUGCGCCGUUUGGGAUACACCUCGAGUUCGGAUGUGAUUGAGAUGAAGGGUCGUGUGGCAUGCGAGAUUACAUCAGGUGAUGAGUUGCUAUUGACGGAGAUGAUUUUCAAUGGUGCAUUUAAUGAUCUGACGGUGGAACAGACUGCUGCGUUGUUGAGCUGUUUUGUCUUCCAGGAGAAGGCAGAGGGCAAUGCUUCGAUGAGAGAAGAGUUGGCAGCACCGUUGAGGUUGAUGCAGGAAGCAGCACGUAAGAUUGCCAAGGUAUCGCAAAGUUGUAAGCUGUCAUUGGACGAAGAAGAAUAUGUCCAAUCUUUCCGCGCAGAGUUGAUGGAUGUUGUCUAUGCAUGGGCUAACGGAGCUAAAUUCUCACAGAUCUGCAAGAUGACAGAUGUAUUUGAGGGUUCAAUCAUCCGUGCGUUUAGACGUCUGGAAGAGUUGCUUCGACAAAUGUCCUCUGCAGCAAAGAGUAUUGGAAAUACUGAGCUGGAGAGUAAAUUUGCAGCAGGCAUUGUUUGCAUCAAGCGCGAUAUUAUCUUUGCCAAUUCCUUGUAUCUUUAA